ACUCUUUUAAAUCCCCCCAACUCCAUCCCUCCCAAAAAACUACACUAAGUUCUUCAACAAUGUCAUCACAAUCUGUUCCAACUCCUCAAUCUCCAAGGAUGAUCACUAGAACCAUGUCGGGUGCUAUUCUUAGGAAGGAAAAACCUUGGCAGCAAGUUUAUGACCCUGAUACUUAUGCACUUCUGGUGGAAAAACCUACUUGCUAUUAUGAGUCAUAUGGAAAACAGGAAUGGGAAAAUUCCAUGAAGGAGGAGAUAAAUUCCAUUGAGAAGAACAACACUUGGGGAGCUUGCAAAUAAACUAGAAAGGAAGACUCCAAUUGGUGUGAAGUGGGUCUACCAAGUGAAGUAUAAACCACAUGAGAGUGUACAAAAAUACAAGUCAAGACUUGUGGCCAAAGGUUAUGCAUAGAAACAUGGUAUUGAUUGCUUUGAAACCUCUUCUCCUGUUGCUAUAUUUGAGACUAUUAGAUUGAUGAUAGCAUCAGCAACUCAAAUGAAAUGAAAGAUUUUUCAAUUU